AUGAAGUUCAAUCAACUAAAAGUGCGCAAGAAGCAACUUCGAUUUGCAAAAUCACCGAUUCAUGAUUGGGGGCUGUUUGCGAUGGAGAAGGUGGACGCAAACGACAUGGUCAUUGAAUAUAUUGGUGAAGUAAUUCGUCAAAAGGUUGCAGAUCACCGGGAGAAGCGAUAUGAACGAAUGGGUAUUGGAUCGAGUUAUUUGUUUCGUGUUGAUGAUGACACUGUAAUUGAUGCGACUAAGAUGGGUAACAUUGCCCGUUUCAUAAACCAUUGCUGCACACCUAACUGUAACGCCAAGAUUAUUACUGUGGAUGGACAGAAAAAGAUUGUGAUUUAUGCCAAGCGUGAUAUCGAGGAAGGCGAGGAAAUCACUUACGAUUAUAAAUUCCCAAUCGAAGCUGACAAGAUUCCGUGCUUGUGUGGUUCGCGUGGAUGCAGGGGCACUUUGAAUUAG